GACAUGGACACAAAAGCGGUACGAUUAGUGUCGCUUGUCGAGAUUGGAACUGAAUUUGAGCGAAAUUUGUCACCUGCCUCCACCAGAAAGAAUUCUGUCGACAAAAAACCGCUGGGACGAUUUCAUGUGGAGUUCGUCAGCGAGAAACCAGGAGACAAACCGCUUGCAAAGUUGGCCAAAUCAUUGCCCCGAACAUCGAAAACGUCCGUUUCGGAAAGUGAUGACGACUAUCCCGGCUCGCCGAGAACGCCGGCUUCGCCGCGAAACUGGAAUCUGGAAGAUUCGAUUCACAUGAGGACAUUUGGACAUAAUACUCAUGAAGCAGUACCAAGUUUAAGUCAUUAUAGAAAUAUUUUUUCAACGUCAGCAGCAGACGGUGUGAAAAGCCGGCCCACACUGCAAGAACUACACGAAGAGAAACAGGAACCUAAUGGAUUAGCAUUGAAAGAUGGAGUCACCAUUCCUGAGACAGAUUUACAGACACCCCAGGUUGUAUCAUCACCGCUUAGGUUUGGGUGGAUAAAAGGAGUUUUAGUACGAUGUCUUCUGAAUAUAUGGGGUGUUAUGUUGUUUUUACGUUUGUCCUGGGUUGUGGGACAGGCUGGAAUUGUUUUAUCUGUUCUAAUUAUUCUGUUAUCUGCUGUUGUCACCGUGUUAACUACGCUGUCCAUGUCUGCCAUAUGUACUAAUGGAGAAGUCAAAGGAGGUGGUGCUUAUUACAUGAUAUCUAGAAGUUUAGGACCAGAAUUUGGUGGUGCUAUCGGUUUAAUAUUUUCAAUGGCAAAUGCUGUUGCUAUAGCAAUGUAUGUUGUUGGCUUUGCUGAGACUGUGAAAGAUCUAUUGAAGGAGUAUGAUGCCCAAAUUGUUGAUGAUGUCAACGAUGUACGAAUCAUUGGAGUGAUCACAGUUAUAUUAAUAUUGGGCAUUGCAUUGGUUGGAAUGGCCUGGGAGGCUAGAGAUGCACAAAGUGCAAUUCCCAAAGGUACACUACUAUCCAUAUUAAUCAGUACUGCAGUAUACAUAGGAAUGGCUAUCAUGCUUGGUUCCUGCAUUGUGAGGGAAAGUACUGGUAUAAUUAGUGAUAUACCAGGUGGUAAUUUCACUAAGUUGUGUGAAUACCAGUCAUGUGAUUAUGGCCUACUUAAUGACAUGCAGGUUGUACAGACAGCCUCUGCAUGGGGACCAAUAAUUAUAGCGGGUAUAUUCUCUGCUACAUUGUCUUCUGCUUUGGCAAGUAUGGUUGGUGCUCCCAAAGUCUUUCAGGCCGUAUGUAAAGAUAAGAUAUUUCCAAAGAUAUACUACUUUGCUGAAGGUACAGGUGCAAAUAAUGAACCAAGAAGAGCCUAUAUCUUGACAUUCUUCAUUGCACUUUCAUUUAUUCUUAUAGGUGAAUUGAACGCUAUUGCUCCAAUUAUAUCAAACUUCUUCCUGAUGUCAUAUGCUUUGAUAAAUUUCUCCUGUUUCUUAGCUUCACUAACAAGACCACCAGGUUGGCGUCCGGCUUUUGUGUUUUACAACAUGUGGUUAGCGUUAGUAGCGUCACUUCUCUGUAUAGCCGUUAUGUUUAUGAUUAAUUGGUGGGCAGCGUUGAUCACUAAGACCAUUGUCAUAGGAUUGUAUCUGUAUGUGAACCACACUAAACCUGAAAUCAACUGGGGAUCAUCUACGCAGGCUUUUAUUUACACCCAGUCUUUGCAGUCCACACUGAAACUGAACAAUAUUCCAGAGCAUGUGAAAAAUUUCAGGCCACAGUGUCUUGUGUUGACUGGUGCGCCUAAUUGCAGGCCAGCACUGGUACAUUUUGUGUCGCAUCUUACUAAGAACACCAGUCUGAUGGUGUGUGGUCAUGUGUUGCAGGGCGAACAGAAAAACAACCUUCCUCAAUUGAUAUCAAACUACCAAAACCAGUGGUUGAAAAAGGAGCGAGUGAAGGCGUUUUAUUCACCAACAUGUGCUUCUAACUUAUUAGUAGGAGUCGAGUCACUCAUGCAGCUGUGUGGUCUAGGAAAGAUGAGAACCAAUACCUUGUUUCUUGGAUUUAAAAAUAACUGGUUAACUGAUGAUGCUGAAAAAGUUGAAGAAUAUGUCAAUAUCAUACAUUCUGCAUUUGAUUUAUAUUAUGCUGUGUGUAUCUUGAGAAUAAAAGAAGGUUUGGAUAUAUCAGCUGCUUUAGAAGAUAUUGACGGAUACAGUGCUGCAUGUGAAUCAACUGAAAGCAAAGCUAAAGUCCUUGAGGAGCUGUCUGAAAGUGACGAGGAUGAAGAAAUUGAUACAGAAUGUACAUCUCCGAAGUUGAAGAGUAAUGAUGAGGUGGCUGUUCCAAUGAUUGCGAGUAGUACACAGCUAGUGAAAGGCGAACAAAUACGUGACGUUAUAAAGACAUUGAAGAAAUUCCAAGAAAAACAAGGCAAAGGAACUAUUGAUGUUUGGUGGCUGUUUGAUGAUGGUGGCUUGACUUUACUCAUACCAUACUUAAUAUCCUUGAGAUCCCAAUGGGAUGGAUGUAAACUGCGGGUGUUCACCAGUGGUAAAAGAAAUCAGAUUGACAGGGAUAAAAUGAA